AUGAUAUCUCCGAUCUCCAUAACAAUAGACGACAUUGACAGUGCCGCCAACCAAUUUCUCAAUCCUACUAUUUUCGAUCUUAACUUCGGGAGCAUCACAAAUAACGAUAAUUUUGUGUAUGUUGGGACCAAUUCAGGAGAUAUCAAAGUCAUAGACUUAGCCAACAAAGUCCAGACCUCGCUCGAAAAAACAGGCUCAGAGCACCGCCGAAGCACAAAAUCCUUCGCAGUUAAAACAGGUGUUGAGCUUGAAGUCCUUUUGGAUAAACACAAUGAAGAAGUCAGCUGCAUAAAAGCGACUAGCGAUAAUAACUACCUGGUCUCUGGCUCCUAUGAUGGAACUGUAAAGUAUUGGAGCCUCUACAACAAAACAGUCAUUUCAAGCAUGGACCUACAUUCUCCAGUCAAUUCUAUUGAUAUUUCUUCUAAUAAUGAGUUUAUUGCAGCUGGAACUGCUGAUGGGAUCGUCCACUUGUGGGUUUUUGAAAAAAAUCAAGCUUUUCAGCUCACAGGGCAUGCGGGAGGGGUCACGAAGGUCGCUUUUACUAAUGACUGCAGAUAUAUCGUCUCGGUCUCAGAAGACACUUCAUGCAGGAUAUGAAAUGUGCAGGAGAGGGCUGAGUAUAAGUCACUGGUAGAGCUAGGAGUCAUCAGCUUUUUCCAGCUGACAGAAGACAGCAAAUACAUUAUUGCGAUCUCUGAAUACAUUUUUGUGCAGAUUUAUAACAUUGAAACUUGCCAAACAAGUUCAAGAGAAGGAAACGCUGCCCAAAUCACGUGUCUCGCUGUGUCAAAAGAUAGCGAAUGGGUAGUUACAGGCUCAAAUGAUAAUCUUUUAGUGGUGUUCUAUAUUAAUGAGACUGAAAAAAAAUUGACGUAUGAAGGGCAUAAUGGCGAGGUUCUCUGUGUGGACAUAACAAAUGAUAACAGGUAUAUUGUGUCAGCUUCAUAUGACUGCACUAUGAGGGUUUGGGACGCAACGGAAAACAAUAAGCAGGUUUAUCAGUUUGACGGAAAUGAAGCACAUAAUAAGUAUAUAAAGAUUUGUUGUGAUAACAGAUUUAUUAUAUGUGGAUCGUAUGACCACAGAAUUAGAAUAUGAAGCACAGAAGAGUUGGGAAAAGAAAAGGUACUGAGAGGACAUGCAGGCGAAGUAAAGCAUUUGAUUGUGACAAGAGAUAACAAAUUUUUGGUAUCAGCUGGAUCUACUGAUAAUACAAUAGUAGUGUGAAAUGCACUGAAUAAUAAAAGGGAGGCAAGUUUAACUAGUUGCGAGGCAGAAGUCACUGCACUUGCUUUAUCCAGCGACAGUAGUUAUUUGAUUUCAGCUUCAAAAGAUGAAAAACUGCAAAUGUGGAAAUUUGAUGACUUAAAAAAAGGGCCUACAGUGAAAGACAUCCAUGCCAAAAUAAUUAUACUGCAAAGGCUGUACGAUUUUUAUUUUAGGACAUUCUCUCGCCUAUUUGUUAGAAAAAUUUUUACAGUGAGAAAAAUUCCUGAAAAGAUCAAAGUUUUUUUCGGACAUGAGAAAAAAUUUCAAACAAAUAAUUUAGAGGAAAUGUCUUUUAGUGAAAAGCUUUAAGCUACGUACUGCAAAUAGCUCUUGAUAAUUUACAAGUUGUAGCAGCCUCAGUAGAACACAAAAUCCACAUCUGAAAUCUCCUCGAUCCCGAGUAUGAAGCAGUUCUUUCAGGACACACAGACACAAUAAACGCUCUCCUAUUAACUACAGACAGCCAAAAAAUAGUCACGGCUUCCAGAGAUAACACACUGAGAGUUUGGAGUCUUGAAAGACCAAGAGAAAUCUUCAUUUUAAAAGGCCAUGAAGAUCAUGCAUUUUGCCUCCAAUUAACAAGAGAUAAUGAAUUCGCCAUUUCAGGAGGAGACGACAGCAAUAUCAUAAUCUGAAACCUUAUCACUUAUGAGCUCGUCUCUACCCUCAAAGGCCAUAAAAACGAAAUCAAGUGUCUACAAUUGACAAGUUAAGUUAAUAUUUGAAAAAGCGGAGUCAGCCAUUAUCCAUCGCCUUGCUUGGCUCCAAAGAAGGAAGCCUCAAUAUACAUAAGAGUGCAAAUGAGUGAAAUGGAAGUCUGCCCUUUUCUAAACCACCUAUCCAAGGGAUUAGUUUCCUAGGCAGAGCAAUGGCUGGAAUGUGCCCAGAUUGCCCUGAAAGGAAAGACAUGUGGUAGGCAGAGACAGGAAAAUCUGCGGGGAGAAUCAAAACUUCCCUCUUCGAUGGGCAUAUUCAAACCUGAAUGCCUACUUCAAAAAGGGACAGAGGCCGGAUGGGAUAGGAGUCCAAUUUUCAUCAAUGUCAUCGUUAUAUUUCUUUACAAUUGACAAGAAAUCAGCAAUUCAUUGUAUCUGGCUCGAAUGAUAAAACUAUAAGAAUUUGGAACUUCUAUGAGAGAAUCCAGGUAUGUGUGCUUAGAGGACAUGAAAGAAGAGUCCUGAGCGUAGAAAUUACUAACGAUGAUAAGUAUAUUGUUUCUAGCUCUGAUGAUGGGACUGUCAGAAUAUGGAAUUUUGAUGAAAGACGCCAAGAAAGGCUGCUAAAGGCACAUGAGUCUGUGAUCCACUGCUUAAAAAUCUCAAGUGAUGAUGAAUUUAUUGCGACUUCGUCAAAGGACCAAAGUAUUAAGAUUUGGAAAAUUGAUGAUGUUAUAGUCAGGCCACAGUUCAGCAUAAACGGUAUGCAAGGGAUCAAAAUUUAUGGCUACGACUCAGGGAUCCUGAACCAAAUCUACAUAAAGAAGCUCACCAGUAGGCAGCCUCCUGAUGACACCAUGAUAGCCGCUGUCAUUGGGCCUAUGAAAAUCAGUCUUCUCCAUUAUUAUUGCUAUUUCGACUUAGUUGAGCACGUAGUAAAAGCACAAGAAAUGGGUGCCCUUAUAUUCAGAGACAACUUUGGCCGAAGUCCGCUCUUUUACGCAAUGUCCCGAAAAUCCAGGAGAUGUCUCGACCUUCUGUUAAACGACAUCAUUUUUUGCAAAAAUUAUGACACUUUAGAGCAAUCCAUGCACGCGUUGAGAGACGACAUAAUAAAAGUGUUGGACUCCCAUUCCACACAAAUAGUCCCAUUCCUUGAAGCAAUUUUCCGGAAAAGAGACGACGAUGACUACAUUUUAUUUGCAGCUCCUAAAGGAGAGCUCCCUAUCACAAAAUUUUCGCAUACGAUUUUACCUAGAAUUGAGGACUUUAUAUGUGACCAAGAAGAGCAAACGAAUGAGACAGAAUUUUUGGUGCAAAUGUGAACUAGUCCUCUGAGCUGAAACUUCCAAAAUGGCUCGAGGGAAAGCAUUAAAUUUCUAAAAGCAAUUAUAGAGUGCCCUAUAAUUGAGAUAUACGAGACACCUUUUAUUAAGUCAAUUAUCAGGCUCAAAUGGGACUCUUUUUAUUACUUCAACCUUUUCUUGACCUUUAUAUAUGCAAUGAAUAUUGUGUUCCUUUCUUGGAUUCUGUCACUAAACGGGACAGCUGAUAUCGGGCUUUUUAUUGCAUAUUGGAUUAUUAAUGUAUUAUUGAUGGCUUAUGAAGUUUUCCAGAUGUAUUCGUCAGGAUGGGGAUAUUUCUUGAGUGCGAUAAACUAUCAUGAUAUUGUGAGAUUAGCGCUGAGCUUUACUUGAAGUAUAAUUGGUGCAACUGGCAAUUUUUAUGACGGGCUUUCCUUUUUUACUGUAAUCGCGAAUUUCUUAACUUUACCUUUAAUUUGGAACAAAAUAUCUAUAGGCAUAUCCUUUAGAUAGCCUAUAUAAAAAAUUUCCAUUUUUAGGUAAUUUAGCUCCCUUUAAAUUAACAGGAUUUUUCGUUAAGAGGGAGUAAGAGGGCUGGUCUACUUCAGAACAUUUGACAAAACAAGAUUUUACGUCAGACUGAUCAUUCGAGCUGCCUUUGACACAGUAACUUUCCUAAUGAUUUUGCUGUACUCCACAUUUGGAUUUGCUGUUCUUUAUGUUUCAGCAACCAACCGUUUUGACAUCGAAUCUGCCUGGAAGGCAAGCUUUGAGCUAGACAUGGGAGGGUUUGCAAAUGAUGGCUUUGACUGGGCUGAGUACUCAACUUUUACAUUGGCUUCAAUCCUUAACGUUAUCCUCAUGCUGAAUAAUUAAUAUGGUGGCGGUGGCGAAAAUAUGUCCUGACGGAGGUCGCACCACUCCGGGCGCCAAAAUAGUUUAUAGCCUAAACCAAGGAAAAACCCUUUAAAUAUAAACCCUUAGCAUUGCCUUGAGCAUGCCGUGAGGGGUGGGUAGUUCUUGGGAGUCAGCUGGUGCCAUUCCAGUCCGAAGUAUUAAUUAUCUGGAUGGUUUUUGGCUACGGGUUCUUUCCCUACCGGUUCCGGAGGGCCGUAGACUUUUUUCCCUUGGUGUCACAAGUCCUCGAGGUGGCCGUCAGGAGGGCAUUGGGCUAACCUUUGCCUCCAUAGCACCGAAAGAUGUAAGCACAAGAGGAGUCUCCCUAGCCCGUCGAGACUCAUGGACAUCGGUGCAAGCCCCAGGCCCCGGGAGUAGACUGCUGUUGAGACAGGAUUCAGGCGACUGAAUUUCUCUGGCAAGCAAGGCCCAGUGGUCGCAAGCGUGCGAAUCAAAUCUGGAAUACUUUAAGCCCUUUAAUCUUAAUCAUGCUGAAUCUGCUUAUUUCAAUUCUCGGCAAGUCCUUUGACGACUUUCAGCAAAGCCAAGUUUCGAUGGACACCAAAGAAAUGCUUGAUGUCGUCAUCGAGUUCGAGUCACUGAUGUUCUGAGCAAGGCAUCGAGGUAGUAGAACUUAUUUGCAAAAGCUUGACUAUUUCAAGCAAAAUAAGCGGGACAAAAAGGAAGGAAAAACUCAAGUUCUUGAAGACGAGUUCGAGAGGCUCAAAAAUUUUUUAAGGGAUAUUCAGGCUGAAAAAGCAGAGUAUAUCAAAAAGAAAGUUAGCGAACAAAUAAAUGAUAAAUUUACGCAAUUUGAUAAGAGGCUGAUGGCUUUGGAGAGACAAAUGCAGAGUCAAGAAGGCAGAUUGAAUGACAAGCUUCAAGCAAUUCUUACCUCAGUGCAAUCAGUUCAAGCAUCCUAUGGACAGUAG